AUGUCGCUUUUCAUCUUGACCGAAACCAGCGCCGGUUACGCCCUGCUGAAGUCCAAGGACAAGAAGCUUUUUAAGCGCGAAGCUCUUCCCGAGGAUGCCAACACCCCUGAGGGCAUCUCCAACCUCUUCAAGUUGAAGAACUUCAAGAAGUUCGACAGCGCUGCUUCCGCAGUUGAGGAGGCUGCGUCUAUCAUUGAGGGCAAGGUCACCCCCCUUCUGACGGAAGUUCUUAAGGACCUCAAGGACGAGAAGAAGGCAUCUCUGGCCGUUGCUGAUGUCAAGCUCGGAAAUGCCAUCACCAAGGUUCCCGGCCUCUCUCUCGAGCUGAUCGCCGAUUCUUCCACCGCCGAUGCCUUCCGUGCCAUUCGUGAGAACCUGAUCACUCUCAUUCCCGGCCUUGCCCCCAGUGACAUGUCUGCCAUGUCCCUGGGUCUUUCUCACUCCCUCGCUCGCCACAAGCUCAAGUUUUCUCCCGAUAAGAUUGAUACCAUGAUCGUUCAGGCCAUUGGUCUGUUGGAUGACCUCGACAAGGAGCUCAACACAUACGCCAUGCGCGUGAAGGAGUGGUACGGCUGGCACUUCCCCGAACUUGCCAAGAUCUUGAACGACAACAUUGCCUACGCCAAGCUCGUUCUCAAGAUGGGCAUGCGUACCAACUGGGAAACCACAGAUCUUGCCGAGAUCCUUCCCGAGGAGAUUGAGAACGCCGUCAAGACUGCUGCCGAUCGGUCCAUGGGUACUGAGAUCAGCGAGCUUGAUCUCGAGAACAUUCAGGCUCUUGCCACCCAGGUUGUGGAAUUUGCCGAGUACCGCCAGCGCCUUGCUAGCUACCUUUCUUCCCGUAUGAACGCCAUUGCUCCCAACUUGACUGCUCUCGUUGGUGAUCUCGUCGGUGCCCGUCUCAUUGCCCACGCUGGUAGCCUUACCAGCCUGUCUAAGAGCCCCGCCAGUACCAUCCAAAUUCUCGGUGCCGAGAAGGCUCUCUUCCGCGCUCUGAAGACCAAGCACGAUACCCCUAAGUAUGGUCUGAUAUACCACGCUUCUCUGAUUGGCCAGGCCACUGGUCGCAACAAGGGCAAAAUGGCCCGCAUUCUCGCCGCCAAGGCGUCUCUUGGUAUCCGUGUGGAUGCCCUUGCUGAAUGGGAUGAGGAUGUUAACGAGGAGGAGAAGGCGGCUCUCGGUACCGAGGCCCGCUUCAACCUGGAGCGCAAGCUUGCUGCCAUGGAGGGCAAGCCCAUCAAGCCCCGUGGUGUUAACAUUGCUCCCAACGGUGCUGCCCAGGCUCAGAAGUUCGACCUGAAGGAGGCUCGCAAGUACAACCCCGAUGCCGAUGCCAUGGACACCGAGGAGGUUGAGGCACCCACACCCGCCAAGAAGUCCAAGAAGGACAAGAAGAAGUUGGUUGAGGAUGUUGAGGAAGACGAUGAGAUGGCUGAUGCCGAAUCUGACGAAGAGUCUCAAGACGGUGCUGGUGAUUCCGAACUUGAGAAGCUCGCCGCGAAAGCUGGUCUCAGUGUGAAGCGAUACCAGCGCAAGCUUGAGCGUGGCGAGAUCACCUUCGAUGCGGCAGGCAACCCAACGGCUGUCAGCAAGAAAGACUUGAAGAAGGCCAAGAAGGAAGCCAAGAAGGCUGACAAGGAGGACGGCAAGAAGCGCAAGCGCGACGAUGGCGACGACAGUGAAAAGAAGAAGAAGAAGAAGAGCAAAGGCGAGUAG